GUCUCAGCCGUACUGUGAAGGGGGCCGUCCGUGUUGGUGGAGAUCAGCCCGAGGAAGGCCCACCUAGUGAUCAUUUGAAAAUAUAUCUCCCGUUUAGACGAUAGUUUGACUCGACUGUGCGACGAAACCAUACGGGGACAAGUUGUAGGCUAUCUGUAAAUAGUAGCUCGGCCAAGAUGGAUGUGUUUAUGAAGGGUUUGUCUAAAGCGAAAGAGGGGAUGGCUGUGGCCGCAGAGAAGACCAAGGAAGGAGUUGCAGUCGCGGCUGAAAAGACUAAAGAAGGAGUCAUGUUUGUAGGUAACAAGGCCAAAGACAGCGUGGGCACAGUGGCUGAGAAGACCACUGGAGCCAUGGGGAACAUCGCCGCUGCCACUGGCCUGGUGAAAAAGGACGAGUUCCCGUCUGACAUGAACCCUGAGGAGUACGGACAGGAGGCCAUGGAGGGCCAGGGAGAGGGGAUGCUGGAGCCAGAAGGGGAGACAUACGAUGAGAACCAGCAGGAGAGCCAGGACUAUGAGCCAGAGGCGUAAAAGCACCAGUCGGAGCCACCAUCCAACCAGCAGCACAAUAAUAUUUCUAAUAAUAAAAAGGACAAAUGCUGAAACUAUUACAAUUAUACCCCUGUUGCAAAAAAACAACAAAAAGACAAGCAUUCCCACAGAAAAAUGUUCUUCCUUGAGACAAAUCUUUUAUUAUUAUAUAUUGUAAAUGUCAUGUUAUUAAUGUAAUGUGUUGGGUGUAGGUAUUAAUUGAGAUGUAGGAUUUGCCCUCUUUGUCUCAUUUCCUUGAUUCCCUCCCAAUGAAAUGAGACCAGAGCCGGGGCUUGUGACUUUGUACCUGUGUGUAUUUGUAUAGUUAGAAACGUGCAAUAGAUGUUCAUCAUCUUCCAAUGAGACAUUGGGAGUGGAAAAAAUAAAUAUGUCCGGUUGCAAGCAGAUAUGAUAUGAAAACAAUAAUAUCCUCCUAAGUGUCGACAAUGCCUGUUUGUGGGUUCUUUCUUUCUUUUUUGCAUUUCUUUGGGAGUUUCUUUGGACAUUUUUGAAGUAAGAGUUUUUUACAUUGUAUCUUUAUAGUUGCUUGUGAAAUCAUUCCAGUAAACUAUCUGUUAGAAAUGGACAGAGUGUACAUGUUUGUGUGUGUGUGUGUUUGUGUGUACUGAAGAUUUUAACAAGUUAAAGUCAAUAUAUUAUGUCUUGAAAUCAUAAUGGUUGUCAUAUCAAUAUGUGCUUUAAAUUGCAGGACUUGUCAAUAUAAAGGUUUAUGUGUUAAGCCAGACAUACAUUCCUCUGUAAAUAAAAAGUAAAAAAGAAA